AUGGGUCGUGUUAAGCUGGAGAUAAAGAGAAUAGAAAACACCACCAAUCGACAAGUUACAUUUUCAAAGCGUAGAAAUGGACUCAUUAAGAAAGCCUAUGAGCUUUCCAUCCUUUGUGACAUUGACAUUGCUCUUAUCAUGUUCUCUCCCUCCGGUCGUCUCAGCCAUUUUUCCGGCAAGCGAAGGAUUGAGGAUGUAUUCACCCGCUACAUUAAUCUUCCUGACCAAGAAAGAGAGCAUGCUAUAAUUUUUCCCGAUCACAGCAAACAUCCUGAUCUUCAAAACAAAGAGGUCAGAUACAUGACAUCUAGCAAUUACUUGCUUAGGACUCUUCAGCAACUAAGAAGUGAAAAUGAUAUUGCUCUACAACUUGCCAAUCCCACGGCUGUAAGCUCUGAAAUUGAGGAACUUCAACAGGAAAUUGGAGGACUACAGCAACAACUUCAAAUGGCCGAAGAGCAGAUAAGGAUAUAUGAGCCUGACCCAUUAAAAAUCACAUCUAUGGCGGAGUUUGAAUCCUGCGAAAAAAGCCUUAUGGACACAUUAACGCGUGUUAUGCAGAGAAAGGAAUAUUUGCUGAGUAAUCAUCUUUCUUCCUAUGAUUCAUCUGGAAUGCCGCAAGUGUUGCCAGGCUCCUUCGAGAAUGAGGUUGCAGGUUGGUUGUCUAGCGGUGGCCACAACCAAGCCCAAAUUUACGAUGCAUCUGCUCCCUUGGAUCAUCAACUUAGGAACUUGUCAUCGACACUGUAUGAUCCGUUUUCACAAGGAACAAGUUCAAAUGCAGAUCCAAGUAGCAUGGGAGAGUGUCAUGUGAGUGUCACAAAUGCCAGUGAUGGAGAGCUUCCACCAUGGCCUCAGGCUUACACUAAUUCCUCUGGGCACCCCUCCACCCUCAUGCCCUCAGGCUUGUUGCCACAAUUUCAGCAGCAUACAAUGGUAGGCUCGAACAUGCCAGAAAUAAUGCCACACGAACAGGUGGAGAUCCCAGUGGGCAGCCCCAAUGUUCAAGCUUACAAUGAAGGUGCAGAGUAUCAUGAAAACAAAGUCCCUCAGCUUAAUGGACAUUAA